AUGAUAAUUUUUCUAAGCGAAUUGCAGAAAAACCAUCUUCAUUUAUUGCAUAAUCAUACACCACAAGUUUUGGUCGACUUCUGUAAAUUAACAAUAGAUUAUUUAAACAAUGGCAUCAAUAAAAACAAAUUUACUAUUGCUGCAGAAAAACUGGAUACUCCAGUUGAAAAUAUACAAAAUUUGAUACAAGCCCUAGCCUAUCUUAUAGUAGAAGGAUGCAAACACAAUUUGUCAGAGCUUGAUUUUAAGUCUUCAUUGGCAAUAGCAGGAUUUUCCAAUGAUCAGCAACAGGUCUUGGUUAAGUUAUUUACUACUAAAAAAAGAGAAAUUUCAAGUGCAUUGAAUAUACUUCAACAACAAGAUUAUGGCUAUGAAGAUUUGACAUGGAGGUUUGAAAUACAGAUGGCAUCCAGAAGAUGUAAGCAUAUAAUUAAACCAAUGAUUACUUUGGAUUUUGUGAUCACAAUUCCAAAAGAUUAUGGCCAAGAAGAUAAAUACAGGCAAGAUGUGUUAAGGAAAAAGGUGGUGAACGCCGCAAAAUCGCACAGUAGAUCGUCGUCCGGUUACGCGCCAGUCGCCACCACUGCCAACCGAAAGCACGACUCGACCAACGUAGCGUACCAACAAGCUGAGUGGCAGCGACGAACGUGCAGUUUCCUACCUGCUUUGUUGGUAUUCGUAAAUAUUACUGGACGACUCUUUCAAUGCUAUCAC